GAAAGGAAUUGGAAAUAAAAACACUUAAGAGUUUUGUUAAAAAAAUACAUCAUUAUCUAAUGUUUUUUUGUUUUGUUUGUUUCAGACCACAAUUCAUAAAAUGACAUCAGAUUUCAAAAGAAGUCCAAGCAAAGUCUGGUGGGGUAGCGAAAUGGAAUGGCGCGAGGUCUCUACAAGCCCAGGAAGUCAAGAUUCCGGAUUUUCAGAUACGGAAACUUCCCCAAAUCUCCAACAACAAAAUCAGAAUGCCAAAACAGAAACUCCGAAAAAGGAAUCUCCAUCGCAACGAAUUCCCAAAGAUAUAUUCAAAGCCCUGGCGACCGAAAGUUCGAAACAAAAUUUGAGUUGUAAUUUUAAAGAAAAAUCGACGCCAGAAAAAGAUAAUCUGGUGGUAAAAAGAUCGACACAAACUGAGGUUAAAGUGGUAUCGAAAGAUAGGGAAAGUGAAUUAACGAAGUCUGAACCAGUAAGAAAGUCUCGAUACGUUAAAAAUUCACCGAAAGUCAGUAGAAAUUUGUUUACCUCCAAUUCGAAAAUUAAAUCAGGUACGCCUAAUCAAUAUUCCGAAAAUGUCCAAGACGCAAACACAUUUCUUAAUACUAGCGAAGAAGUGACAGUGGACGAUAGUUAUUCGUACAGAACACAUGAAACACUAGACUCGUUUGAAUACACAACGCAAUCACAACCAGCUCUAAAACAUCCCGAAGAUUUCAGCUUGGAUGAAAUCAGCAAAUCGGCUCCCGCAAUCUUGGAACCAGCCCGGGAAUUUCGGGAUAAAAGUGAAUACGAAGCAGUGACUAGUUUUAAUAAUUCUCUAUCCAGUGAUUGUGAAAGUGAACUGGAGUGCUUGUUUAAUGGUAGAUUGGAAUCGCCCAAACAUACAUCUACUCCUAAGCCUGAUGCUGUUGAAGCUAUGCGUCAAAAAAAUGAGAAAUUGCCUUUGAGAUUAUUUUUGCAGUAUCAACAAGAGAGGGUUCCCCCGAUUCCCACCGAUGGCUACUCUGACCUGGACAACAAAGCCCUAGAAAUGUGGAUGAAAGAAGCGAGACAGAACUACGACCAGGAGUGCAUGACGACGCUGCAAUGCAAGUCUAUAGUGGGGGAGCUAAAUCAGAAAGUAUCACACCUUGCGGCUUGUUCUACUACCAUAGUCAGGGGCGUUAUUUCACAUGCGCGAUGUAUUGAGAUGGAGUACGAUAAUCUUAAAAUCAGUGAAUUCAAAAACAUAAAUCCCCUAGUCCAAAGCCUAACCGGAAACAUCACAGACUUUAUAAAAACUCAUACAAACCAAAUAUCCUCGAAUAUUCUUCAACUGUGCGACCAAAUUCGCUCAGCAAGAACAGAAGAUUGCUUAAAACUUAGUUCGAUACUCUUCACACAUUGGCAAGAAAUCCGACAAGAAGUUCUCUCCAAAGAAAUAAAAAACCUAGUCAAUAAAUUGGAAUACCCAAAUUCUGAAUUAGAUCUUAGGGCUACUAUCACAGGGAUAACUUCCAUAGCUUUAAGAAACGAAGAGAUAGUGGAGCUAUUUACCAAAGCUGACGUGGUUCCGAUUCUGCUGAUCCUUUGUGAAAAAUGCGAAGGUUCUUCUGUCAGAAGUCUACUCUUGAGAGCCUUGUCAACGUUGUGUAGUAGCUCUUCAGCCGUUAGACAGUUCGAGAAGUUUUCUGGGGUUCAGAUUAUUGCUGAUAUUUUGGACGAGCAUUCCAGGCCAGAACCAGAGAGAUCCGAAGCAGUAGCUUUAUUGGCUCAAGUUACCGCUCCUUGGCUAGAAGAUAAUCAUUCAGUUAAAGGUUUGCAAGAUUACUCCAAAAAAUUAGUUCGUUCUUUAACGAACUUCGCAGCCACUACAAGAUGUUGUCAAAACCUCCUUCUUUGUACAGCUGCUCUAGCAAAUUUAAGUACUAUGGAUUCUAAAUCGAUCAAACAUAUGAUUAGUUGCGAUACAGCCAGCGUACUCAUGGAAAGUAUUGAAUCUCGAGGUCCUGGAGCUUCCAUCUAUCUUCUAGAACAAGUAGCAACUUUACUGGCAAAUCUAUCAGCCGUGGACGUGGCGAGAAAGCAGUUGACUGAAAUCAAUGCUCCAGCAGCGUUACUAUACUUUCUUAAAAUUAAUUUUGCUACGGACAUGGGUAGCCAAGAUGUAGAGAAAAGACUGCAACAAAAGAGUAUUAUCGCUCUGUCUAGGUUAUGUGGAGAAAAGGAAGCUUCGAUGCAAGUUGUAAAGUUAGGAGGUGUAGAAAAACUAGUCAAAAUGUGUAGGGAGAAAGAAGAAAGGUUCGAUAGUGAUGCUGUAUUGGUGGCUGCCUUGGCAACACUUAGGAAAAUCGUCGAUAUGUGCGGAAGUGACGUCUUAAGUGCUCAAGAUGCCCAAGAGUUGGUAGAACCGAAACUACUUGACUCAUUUCUAGCUUACUCGUCCCAAAAUGAAAGCUACGUUUGAUACUUCUGGUAUUUAUUUAUAAAUAUAUAACACAACUCUUAUUGAAUUAUCCCUGGAAAAUGAGGAAUUUGUUAUAUCUUUUAUGAUACAUUGUGUAAUUGACACUACUCUAACUAGACUGACUGGCUAUUUAAUUUUUAUCUAUGGAGCCACAAAAAAUAUUUCUAAAGUAAGUCACUGAAAAAAACAUGCAUGUCAGCAUGCCGGAACAUACAAAUCUUCUUCUUUUUAUAUGACAGUUCGGGCAUGUCUCAUAUCUGUCUUUAUCGGUCAUGGCCUACUUUAGAAGCAUUUUUUUUUGUAAUACUCGUUAUAAAAGUAUAUUAAACGAUACCAAUUUUUUUUACUACUAACAUGAGUAAUCACCAUUAUUUACUCCAUUCCUCUAAUGAGAAGUAAUAUUUCUUAGCCUAGCUAAAUAUUGAUAAUAAAAAAACACCUAGGUAAAUAAUGAAAUUGAAUUCCAUUAGUUUCAUUUGGUUAAUUUGACAACUAAACUCCCAGAUUACUCGAUAUUUCGAAAUAUUUAAAAAACAAGUAGGAAAUAACUAAAGCUGGGUUUAUCAAAAUCUAAUCAAAUCAAAUAUGGUAAUAUAUCAGUAGUAAAAAAAGUCUAUGGUCCAUUUGCACCACUGAUAGUUAAGAAAUAAGCCAAGCUUAAAAUAACAUUUUUCAACUGACAAUGUCAAUUUAAACUUAGCUUAUUUCUUAACUACUAGCGGUGCGAAUGGCCCUAAAUAUUUUGGUUGAGAAGGCUAUUAUAAACCUCAUCGCAAAUUAUAUAUAAAAGUGCUCGGUAAAUAAUAGCUCGCUUUUCGACCUAUAAGUGUAUAAUGUACUAUUAAACAACAGUCGAAUAAUUUGGCUAUAUUUUUUUCAGUGUAUUUUCUCCUUCCAAAAAUAUUUAUUAUUUAUUUUAAUAAUAUUCUGCCAUAUUUUGUUUUUAAGUUUUCUCUAAUUUUUAUAAAUGUUUUUGUAUUUAUUCAAAUAAUUUUAUGUUUGUUGAGUUUUAAAUAAAAAAUGAUAUUAGUAAGACAAUUUUUAAAUAUUUCACUUGACAUUAUUUAUUUAUAAAUUAAAUCCAUUUUAUAUAAAAGAAAC